CACUAGUGCUGGUCUCUGAGCUAGACAUGUGUGCCCAGCGUGGGGACGUAGUGUGCCCCUUUGUCCUGCUGCUGGGCCUGGCGCUGUGCGGCCUCGGGAGCCCCAAGCCCGCCGGCAGCCCGCCCGCCCAGUUUUGUGCCGACCCUGGGUUCCAGGAGUACUACUUUGAGCAACUCCUGGAUCACUUCAACUUCGAGAGCUUUGGCAACAAGACUUUCAGCCAGCGGUUCCUGGUUUCAGACAAGUUCUGGAAGCAGCCCGAGGGCCCGAUCUUCUUCUACACGGGGAACGAAGGCGACAUAUGGGGUUUCGCCAACAACUCUGGCUUCCUAGUCGAGCUGGCGCAGCAACAGGAGGCCCUGCUUGUUUUUGCAGAACAUCGGUACUACGGGCAGUCGCUUCCGUUUGGUGCGCAGUCCACACAGCGCGGGUACAUGCAGCUGCUGACCGUGGAGCAGGCGCUGGCUGACUUCGCCGUGCUGCUGCAAGCCCUGCGGAGGGACCUUGGUGCCCAGGAUGCCCCAGCCAUUGCCUUUGGAGGGAGCUACGGCGGGAUGCUCAGCGCCUACAUGAGGAUGAAGUACCCCCACCUAGUGGCAGGUGCGCUGGCGGCCAGUGCACCCAUCGUAGCUGUCGCAGGCCUUGGCGACUCCUACCAGUUCUUCCGGGACGUCACAGUGGACUUCUACAACCAGAGCCCCAAGUGUGCCCAGGCUGUGCGCGAUGCCUUCCAGCAGAUCAAGGACCUGUUUCUGCAGGGAGCCUACGACCAGAUUAGCCAGGAGUUUGGGACCUGUCAGUCACUCUCGGGCCCAGGGGACCUGACGCAGCUCUUCAUGUUUGCUCGCAACGCCUUCACCGUGCUGGCCAUGAUGGACUACCCAUACCCAACCGACUUCUUGGCCCAUCUGCCCGCCAACCCUGUGAAGGUUGGCUGUGACCAGCUGCUGAGCGAGGCCCAGAGGAUCACAGGACUUCGAGUGCUGGCAGGGCUGGUCUAUAACGCCUCUGGCACCGAGCACUGCUACGACAUCUACCAGCUAUUCCACAGCUGCGCUGACCCCACUGGCUGUGGCACUGGCUCUGAUGCCCAGGCCUGGGACUACCAGGCUUGCACCGAGAUCAACCUGACGUUCAACAGCAACAAUGUGACUGACAUGUUCCCUGUCCUCCUGUUCACCGAGGAGGUCCGCCAGCAGUACUGCUUGGACACGUGGGGAGUGUGGCCCCGGCCCGGCUGGCUGCAGGCCAGCUUUGGGGGCAGCGACCUCAAGGCUGUCAGCAACAUCAUCUUCUCCAAUGGUGACCUGGACCCCUGGGCUGGUGGUGGGAUACACAGUAAUCUUAGCGAGUCUGUGGUCGCAGUCACCAUCAAGGGAGGAGCCCACCACCUGGACCUCAGAGCGUCUCACACGGAGGACCCUGUGUCGGUCGUGGAAGUGCGCAAGCUGGAGGCGAGCCUCAUCGGGGAGUGGGUAAAGGCAGCGAGGGGUCAGCAGGAGCAGCUGCCCCCCAGCCCAGGCCAGCAGGACUGAGGGGACCCAGGGGCUCCCUGUGGAUCACAGAGACCAACUCAGUGCGGGGCCUCUGGAGGCCCUACAAGGGCAGGUGGCUGGGUGGACACGUGGGGCCAGGCUAGGCACACCCUUCCUGCCCUUUCAAGGCCCCAAGGUGGGAGCAGACACUGCACAUACCUGCUGGACCAAUAAACGUUUAAUAAAGCACAGACU